AGAAAGAGCUCAAGACAAGUGGUGAUAGUGUGUGCGAGAGUGUGUGUGAAUGUAGAGUCUUUUACCAGCAUUUAUAAGUUGUGUUAAGUCCAGUUUUUGCGUAUGCAUGAAUGCUUUUUAACUGUAGUCUGACUGGGUGAAACUUCUUAAAAAUCCCAGUAAAAUUAUUAUGAUGUGUGCCUAACUGCACAUUACCAGAUCUAAGUUUUGUUUAGUUUUUUUUGUCAGCAUUAAUGCCUUUUUAACUCUAGUCUGACUGGGUGAAAGUACUUGAAAAUCCCAGUCUAAUUAUUAUGAUGUGUGACUAACUGCCCACUACCAAAUAUAAGUUUAGUUUAGUCAAGUUUCUGUUUCUGAGCAUUAAUGAUUCUAACUGCUUAAGUCUUGACAUCCAUUUUGAUGUUGGCCUGAUUGCACAAUAGCAAAUAAGUGUUUAGACAAGUUUCUCUGGGAGUAUGAAUGCUUUUCGACUGUGCUAACUGUGUCUGAAAAUGUGUUCAAAUCCUAGUUAAAUGAGAAUGACGUGUGCCUAACUGCACACAUACUGUUUUUGUCAAGUUUCUCUGGGAGCAUUAUUGCUUUUUGACUACUUUAGUCUUGACAUCCAUUUUGAUGUGUGCCUGACUGCACAUUGACUCAUCUGACUCAAAGGAAGUGUAACUUCUGAUGUGGGGUUUUACAACUGAAGCGGUGGCGGGCUGUAGUGUGUGAAUGCUCUGGUGAGAUCAGUUUUAAGAAGUUGCUGGUGCUUUGGUUAGAAUGGGGACAGAGCUGUAGGGGGAAGAAGGAGCAUGCUGAAACGGGUCAGUAAGAGCAGCUACAACCCUUACUCUACGAGUCAGAGAGUUAAGAAAGCUGAGGCGAAAAGCAAAGACAGGCUGGACAUACUGCCCAACAAGCACAACGUAUGGCUUAAGCAGCUCUCCAUUCUCCAGGAGCAGCCUCGGAAAGAUGCAGCAGACAUCACCCUCUCCUCUUCACCCUUAUCCUCCUCUUCAACUCUCACCCCGGCUUCUGCCGGGCUGCAGGACUCCUCCCUCUCCUGCCCCGGGACGCCCAGCAUCCAGCACAACAAGCUGGCGGCCAUGCAGGGGUUGGGGUGCCCGUCUCCUGUGUCCACCCUGAAGAGGCCGACUGCACUGAGCAGACACGCCAGCGCUGCAGGUUUCCCGCUCCAGUCCUGGGUGUUCUCUAAAGGCCAGGGGAAAUCGCCCUCGACCCCGACCACUCCGUCUGAUGGUCCAGAGAGCACAGCCAUCGAGGUGGAGGACAUCCCCGCCCUGCUGAGGGAUGUGGCUCGCUUUGCAGAAGCUGUGGAGAAACUGAAGGACGUUGUUCUGGCUGAAGGUAAGGAGAGUCAGCGUCCCGUGGCUCACGAGUGUUUGGGGGAGGUCCUCCGAGUGCUGCGUCAGGUCAUCAACACUUACCCUCUGCUCAACACCGUGGAGAUCCUCACCGCUGCCGGAAAGCUCAUCUCCAAGGUCAAAGGUUUUCACUAUGAGGCUUGUAACGAGGCAGAUAAAAAGGACUUUGAGAAGGCCAUUGAAACCAUUGCAGUCGCUUUUAGCAGCAAUGUGUCUGAGCUGCUGAUGGGAGAGGUGGACAGCAGCACGCUGCUCUCCCUGCUGCCCACUGAGAAGAGCAGAUCGCUGGAGAACUUGUAUGCUGGGUCGAGCCAGGGAGCAGACAGCGGACACUUCAGGAGCGACCUGCAUUACAUGGGCAGAGCUGAGGAGGUGGAUGUGAUCCUGCAGCAGAGCGAGGGAGGCGUGGACUCUGCUCUGCUCUACGCCAAAACCAUCUCCAAAUACAUGAAGGACCUGAUCAGCUACGUGGAGAAGAGAACUUCCCUGGAGACUGAGUUCUCCAAAGGCCUCCAGAGAUUGUACCAUUCCUGCAAACACAGCAUAACGCAUCCCCAAAUGCCACUCUUCUCCAUCUACUCUCUGGCUCUGGAGCAGGACCAGGAGCAGAGUGUGGGGCUGCAGCAGGCCAACACCACCCUGCACACACAGACCUUCAUCCAGCCUCUGAUGCAGCGCAAACAGGAGCAUGAGAAGAGACGGAAGGAAAUCAAGGAACACUGGAUUCGAGCUAAGAGAAAACUGAUGGAGUGUGAGGCGAACCUGCGUAAAGCCAAGCAAGCUUUUAUGGUCCGCUGUGAGGAGUACGAGAAGGCCAAAAUGGCAGCCUGCCGCGCUGAGGAGGAAGGAGGAGGAUCCACGGCAAAGUCUGUGGAGAAGAAGAAACGAGUUGAGGAGGAGGCGCGCAACAAGUCAGACGAGGCGGAGGCCACCUACCGGACAUGUAUAGCCGACGCCACCACUCAGCAGCAGGAGCUGGAGCACACAAAGGUCACAGUGCUGAGACAACUGCAGGACGUCAUCAAACAGAGCGACCAGACCCUGCGCUCGGCGACCAUCUCGUACUACCAGCUCAUGCACAUGCAGACCGUCGCCUUGCCGGUCCACUACCAGACUCUGUGUGAGAGCAGUAAGCUGUACGACCCGGGCCAGCAGUACGCUGCUCACGUGAGAGACCUGCAGCUGCCCGAGCAGCCGGCUGUUCACUAUACAUUUGAGAACUACUGUCCCUCCAGCUCAUCGUCACACCACGGCCACAGACCAAGAAAUGACAGUUUCAACACGGACAGUCCUGCCACCAGUGUGGACGCAGCAGCAGCAGAAAACAGAGAAGCGGAGGCUCAGCGCAAGAGGCAGGGUCAUAAGUCUUGGGGUUCCACAGUGAGCGAUGACAGUGUCGGAGGAGAGGCGGGUCUAGAGUCGCCUACUGCCAGCUCCAGUGACAUCAGUAAAAUUGCUCGGACAUCAUCCACUGGGACAAUGUCGUCCAAUGAGGACGCAGAUGAGAAAGACGGGAAUAUGACCUCAUUUGAAUCUCCAAACAUGAACGGCAUGGAUCCUGACGUGGUGGUGUCCACCAGACCUUUCCGUAAUGUCGGCCUCUCUAAAGCAGCACAGACCCACCGGCUGAGGAAGCUACGGACACCGUCAAAGUGCCGCGAGUGUGACAGCUACGUUUACUUCCAGGGGGCAGAGUGCGAGGAGUGUUUUCUGGCGUGUCACAAGCGCUGUCUGGAGACUCUGGCCAUCCAGUGCGGCCACAAGAAGCUGCAGGGCCGUCUGCAGCUGUUCGGCAGGGACUUCUCUCAGGUUGCCAGCUGUGCCAGCGAUGGCAUCCCCUUCAUCAUCACCAAAUGCAUCUCCGAGAUAGAGAGACGGGCGCUCAAGAUGAAGGGCAUCUACAGGGUGAACGGGGUGAAGACUCGGGUGGAGAAGCUGUGUCAGGCCUUUGAAAACGGCAAGGAGCUGGUGGAGCUGUCCCAGUGUUCACCGCAUGACAUUAGUAACGUCCUCAAGCUUUACCUCAGACAGCUUCCAGAGCCCAUCAUGCUGUUCCGCCUGUACAACAAUCUGAUGGGUUUGGCAAAGGAGAGUCUGCAGGGAGAGGCAGAAACACCGGAGGGAGAGGAGGUCGAGUCGAACAGCAUCAUCCCGGCAGUGGGCAAAGGGCCCGAGCUGGUGGAUCUGGGCCCUGGCACCGACCCUGAGGUCCUGAUGCUGGUGGACAAGCUAAAGCAGCUUCUGAAGGAGCUGCCCAAAGCUAACGUCGCUACACUGCGCUACAUCAUUCGCCACCUCCGGAGGAUUGCAGAGCUGGAGGAGGACAACAAGAUGAGUCCCAGUAACUUGGGUAUUGUGUUCGGCCCGUCCCUGAUGCGACCCCGUCCCACCGGAGCCACCAUCUCUCUCUCCUCUCUGGUCGAUUACCCCCACCAGGCUCGCAUCGUGGAGUGUCUGAUUGUCUUCUAUUCAUCCAUCUUCCAGUCCAAAACCUCUCAGACACACAAAAACAGCCGCUCAGCUUCCUCCUCCACUCAGCAGGUUGAUAAUGCAGAUGAACAGAUCGCUGAUGGAGAGGAGGAUGGAGGAAGAGAGGAGCCAAAUAAACCAGAAUCUGAGAAGACGGAGGAGGGAUGUGGAAGCUCUUUAGGGUCCCUGGGGUCCAGUGAGCAGCUCCCUGACUCUGACUCGGAGCUGGACGACAGCGGUCAGAGGGCCGCACCCCACCACAGCCUGGUGAAGCAGGAGAGCGAGAUGAGCAUGGACGACGAGCCGCUGAGCUACAGGGACAGUCUGGACCUGUCGAGCCAGUCUGUAACCCUAACCGUCCCAGAACCAGAACCAGAACCAGAACCAGAGGCAGACCAGGAAGAAAACCCAGACCAAGUGGAACCUCCUGCGCUGCCAGUCAGCGGGCCCCCAGAUGAAGACACGGCGGCAGAGGAGGAUCUGAGUGUCUCUCUGGCCGAGCUCAACGUGAACCAGUCCAACAACAACAACUACCCCUGCUCCCCCGUUUUGAGCUUGUCAGGGCAUCCACUGGCGCGUUUGUCUGGGAAGAAAUUAUCCCUGACCAGGAACAAGGACAGCGGGCCCGAGUUUGUCUGAUAUCUUUACUAAAGUCUAUGUGUGUGUGUGUGUGUGUAUGUAGUCUUUACAGGAUGAGUGAUUGGGUUUCCAUUUGUUUAAGUUUUUAUGUGUUGACCUAUCCUGGCAGCAAAUCGUCCGCACGCUUACUCCAAAGGUUUUGACUUGGAUAAUUAGGGAACAAGUUUUGCAGCAGUUUGUAUUUUUAAAGCAUUUUACUCAUUGCUCUUGCACGCUUAAGGAAAAGCAGUUAGAAAGUCACAUGAGAAUGUGCAGGAUUUAAAGGUGAAUGAUCUUAAAGUGCUGCUGGUUUUAUUUCAGCACUAAACUCUUAAAUACAUUAAGUCUUUUAUAAAUGUUGCCUGUAUUGCCUUGGUAUCGAUGUUUUGGUCUAUUUUAAUAAACAUUUCAUUUUA